GUCAAUAGAAAAAAAUGUAAUGUCAGUGUCAGACUGUUGAAAGUAGAAAGUUUGUUGUCAUGGAAAUUUUAACAAAACAAAAGUGUUUAAAAUUAAAAUAUAAGAAGCAAUUUCUUUUGCCAUAAGUUAUAAAUAAGUGUGUUUUAUUUUGCGACAAUACUGUGAUCACAUAGGAAUCUUAAGAUUUUUAUUUCAUCAUGGCUGAUGAAGAAGUUGCGGAAGAAGAGGAAGUGGCUCCCAUUAUUGACGACACAGAGAUCUUGAUUGGCACUACCACUGAGAAACCUCUUGCACCUCCGAAAUACGAAGUUCGACCUGGCCUUGGUGAAAAAUUUCAGUCCCAAAAUGUCCGGGAAAUCAUCCUGGAGGCGAUGCAGUCGCAGCUGACGGGGCGGCAGUACCGCGCGGACCAGGCCGCGCACUGGUCCAAGGUCAUCGCCAACGCGGUCCGACAGAAAGUGUGCGAGCUUGACAUGAAACGGUACAAAAUAAUGGCUCAGUCGACGAUAAUAGAGAUGAAAGGUGCCGGUGUGAAGUGCGCACAGCGAUGCAUAUGGGACCCUGAGACUGACACGUAUGUCGACGAUAUAUUUAAGAACGAAAGUCUCUUUUGUUAUACUAUAGUCUAUGGGGUGUACAUGUAUUGAUUAACAUGGAAAAUAUGCUUUAUUACCCGGCCUUAAUAUUCACGAGAUAGCCGCCAGUGCCUAGGCCAAGGACCAAAUAUAAAAGGACCAAAGCGUUAUUUUUGAAAUUGAAUGAAAACACGUAUUUUUGACUAAUUCUAUGUUAAAUUUGAUAGGCGAUUGUUAGCUAUAAAGUCACAAGCGUCCAGCGGUUUUAUAUGUGGAAUAAGAUGAUAAAUGUGUCCUAAUAGUCUAUUUGUUUUCUUCUCAUGUCACAUCAUCAAAUCAAAAAUAACGCUCGUGGUGGAAGAUGGUUUGCACGGUAAUCACUUUUGCACAUACAUCGUACAUUGGGCUAGUAGAUUAGUAGUUAAUAGCGGUGAAAUUAUAACGAUUUUGCGUAGGAUGAUGUGCUGUUGUCUGUACACAACUACAGUUGUACACAUUGCCAACUAUUUUAAUCAUGAAUGCUGCCAUCUAGCGUUGAUAGUAAACCUGGUUUUUAUUGCUUAUUAAAUUAAUUAUAGAUUAGUAUGUGUGUGUAUGAAGUAAAGCCUCGUUUCAUUGUUCAUUGUUUUAUGUUGUAAGUUUUUAGUCUUUAACUAAUGUACCUGAAUCGAAUCAGCGAACUAAGAUAUUGUCAUUGGAUCGGACUGAAUAAAAUUACUUUUAAUUUUA